CGAAAUCUGGGGCUGCCGAGGCCCCGCGAACCUCGGCCGUCCGUCCCCUUCAAGUUCGCCCAUGCCGUGCGUUUGAACCUCCUCCACCUCGUCCCGGCCUCGUCGCCAGGUUUCAUCUUCUCCUUCUUUUUUGCACAAGAUGGCCACCAAGGACAUGGCUGCGUACAUCAAGAGCCUGUCGACUCCGCCGGCGCCCGGGGCUCUUCACGGCGUCGCCAUCCCGGGCACAGAGCGCCCCGGCCGCACCGCCAUCUACCGCCAUCACAAGAUCGGCGACGGGAAGCUCCUGACGACGUUCAACCCCGAGAUCCAGUCGGUUCACGAUCUCUUCGAGGCCGCCGUCAAGAAGCGCCCCAACAAGCGCUGCCUCGGCACCCGCCACUGGAACGCGAGCACGCAGUCAUGGCAGGAGACGUAUGAGUGGGAGACGUACGCCGAGGUGGCCGAGCGCCGCAAGAAUCUGGGAGCCGGCCUCGUCGAAAUCCACAAGAGCAUCGGCCACUCCCAGGACAAGUACCCCGUCGGUCUCUGGUCACAGAACCGCGCCGAAUGGCAAAUCACCGAUCUUGCUCUCGCGUCGCAGGCCCUCUUCACCGUGUCGCUCUACGACACCCUCGGCCCAGACACGUCCGAGUACAUCAUCAACCACGCCGAACUUGCCUGCGUCAUUUGCUCUCUGCCGCAUAUCCCAACCCUCCUGAAGAUGGCCCCUCGAAUUCCGACCCUCAAGUUGAUUGUCUCGCUCGACGAGCUGGAGCAGGGCGAGCAAAAGAACCUGACAAAGGCUGCCGUCUUGAACGAAAUCGCUUCCCAGCACGGCAUCAAAAUCUACUCUUUCAAGCAGGUGGAGGAGAUUGGUGCCAAGUCGGGCCGCCCCAUGCGCCCGGCCGGCUGGGACGAUGUUUGCACCAUCAACUACACCUCGGGAACCACUGGAGCGCCCAAGGGCGUCGUCAUCACGCACGGCAAUGCCGUGUCGGCCAUCUCGUCCAGUCGUCUGCAGGGCGCUGUGACCGAAAAGGACAUUCACAUUUCCUACCUGCCCCUUGCCCACAUCUACGGCAGAAUGGUUGACCAGGUCGCCCUGUCCGAGGGCGCCAGCAUUGGCUUCUUCCGCGGCGACAUCCUGGGCCUGGUCGACGACAUGAAGAUUCUCAAGCCCACAGGCUUCAUUUCCGUCCCCCGGCUGUUCAACCGCUUCAACUCCGCGAUCCGAACCGCCACAGUCGAAGCCGAGGGCACCAAGGGAGCGCUGUCUCGUCAGGUCAUCGCAACCAAGAAGGCAAGCAUGCGUCUGCCGCCUGGCAAGGCACACAACAAGCACUUCCUGUACGACCGCAUCUGGACUCCCAAGGUCAGGGCCGCCGUGGGCUUGGACAGAGCCCACACCAUGAUCAGCGGCAGUGCGCAGCUCGAUCCCGAUGUUCAGGAGUUCCUCCGCGCUGCUUUUGCCAACAACUUCUACCAGGGCUUCGGAAUGACCGAGACGUACGCUGUAGGAACCGUUCAGCUUCCCGGCGAUUUCAGCCUGGGCAACAUUGGACCCCCAACUGGCUGUGUCGAGGUUUGCUUGGAAUCCGUCCCCGAGUUCGAGUACACCGUCGAUGACAAGCCCAACCCUCGCGGCGAGCUUCUUAUGCGAGGCCCAUGCAUUUUCCGCGAGUACUACAAGAAUGAGGAGGAGACCAAGAAGGCCAUUGAACCCGAUGGAUGGUUCCACACCGGUGACAUUGCCGAGAUUGACAAGAUGGGCCGCCUCAAGAUCAUCGACCGCAAGAAGAACGUCCUCAAGCUGUCCCAGGGCGAGUACAUCUCUCCCGAGCGCAUCGAGAACGUCUACCUGGGCAACACCAACCUGAUUGCCAUGGCCUAUGUUCACGGUGAUCCCAAGGAGUCUACCCUCGUUGGCAUCUUCGGAAUCGACCUGGAGAACUUCCCUCCCUUCGCCAGCAAGGUCCUGGGCGAGACCGUCACGGCUGCCGAUAUCCCUGCCCUCAAGGCGGCGGCCAACCACCCCAAGGUGAAGCAAGAGUUCCUCAAGGUGCUCAACAAGAUUGCGCAGAAGCAAAAGUUCAACAGCUUUGAGCGCGUGCGCAACGUCUACCUUGACGUGGACCCCUUUACCAUUGACAACGAACUGCUCACGCCCACUCUCAAGGUGAAGCGGCCUCAGACCGCCAAGGCCUUUAGGGCCCAGAUUGACAAGAUGUACGAGGAGAUUAACGCCGAGACUGGCCCUGCCAAGCUGUAAUAAUGUGUUUGGAUACCUAGUUGUAUUUGCAGCAAAUAUAGG